GAGAGAGGUAGACAGAGAGUGGAUCGCUGUUUCUUUAAGAGCCACCCAACGACCCAAACAGCUGAACAGGAGAGGGCUGGACUGUGUGGUGACAGCUGUGUGUGUGUGUGUGUGUGUGUGUGUGUGUGUGUGUGUGUGUUCAGCUAAGAGGAAGCUGCCUGCAGUGUUGCUAACCCACCUCCUCUCUCUUAGCGUGCAGACAACUUACUGGAGAAGACAACUCGGUUGCCAUGGCAUCCGGCGCUGACAUGCGCGAGGACCAGCUGCAGUGCCCGAUCUGCCUCCACCUGCUGGCCGACCCCAUCACCACGUCCUGCGGGCACAACUACUGCCAGGCGUGCCUCACCCUGUACUGGGACAAGAGCCCGCUGUACCGCUGCCCGCUGUGCAAGGAGGCCUUCGCCCGCCGCCCCACGCUGCGCAUCAACACCACCCUCCGCGACGUGGUGGAGCACUUCAGACGGAGCGCCGAUGCCGCCACCGAGCCCGCCCCCCCCGACGGCGCCCUCGCCCCUCCCGCCGCCGCGCUGCCCGGAGAGGUGGCGUGUGACGUGUGCAGCGGGGGGGGCGGGCGGGGGGGGAGGCUUCGCGCCCUGAAGUCCUGCCUGGACUGCGGCACGUCCUUCUGCGCACUUCACCUGGAGCUCCACCAGAGGGCGCCAAAGCUGCAGAGACACACGCUCACGGAACCGCUGCAGGACUUGGAAGAGCGCGUGUGCCAGAAGCACCGACGGCCGCUGGAGCUGUUCUGCCGGGACGACCACACAUGUGUGUGCGAGUUCUGCACCGAGGGGGAACACAAGAACCACAACACGGUUCCGCUGGAGGAGGAGGGCAAAGACAGGAAGGCUAAGCUGGGGAAGACUCAGGCUGAGCUUUUGGAGAUGAUCCUGGAUCGCCUGGAUAAGAUCAGCGAGAUCAAACACUCCGUGGAACUCAGGAAGAAGAGCACAGAGGAGGAGCUGGCCGUGAGCGCCCAGCUGUGUGCGUCUCUGAUUGGCUGCGUGGAGCGGAGCCGUGAGGAGCUGGAGGAGGAGCUCCGAGAGGCACAGGCGGCCGCUGAGAGGGGCGCGGAGGAGAUCGUCACGGAGCUGCAGCGGGAGAUCAACCGCCUGAAGACCAGGAGCACCGACACCGUACACCUCCUGCACACGGAGGAUAGCCUGCACCUGCUGCAGGUACACACACACACACACUCUCUCUCCCAGGCGGACCCUGCGCUGUGCCAUCCUCCGGAGACACGCAGUUGGGCGGGGGUGCAGGUGGACACACACGUGUGUGUGGAGGCCGCCGUGUGCAAGCUGGAGGAGACACUCCGUGCCCAGCUCCAGAUGAUCCCAGAGAGGAAACUCAGAAGGGUCCAACAAUAUGAAGUGGAUGUGACUCUAGACCCAAUCACAGCGCACCCUAAGCUGCUGCUGUCUGCUGAUAGGAGGGAGGUGUGGUGUGGGGAUAAACUUCAGAAGCUGUCCCCGAGCCCCCUACGCUUCGACUGCUGUGCCUGUGUGCUCGCCACGCAACGCUUCACCUCUGGACGACACUACUUCCAGGUGCGUGUGGGGGGUAAGACUGGCUGGGGUGUGGGCGUGGCCAGUGAGGGGCUGAACCGUAAGGGGGAGUUGAGCGUGUCUCCGGAGGACGGCCUGUGGACGCUGGUCAUGAGGGGCGGGGCCGAGUACUGGGCCGCUGACCACACCCCUCAGCUGCUGGCCCCGCCCCUGGAGCUGCAGACGGUGGGCGUGUUCCUGGACCACGACGGGGGGCGUGUCUCCUUCUACGACGUGGAGAGCGCCGCGCUGCUCUACUCCUUCAGCGGGCCCGCCCCCUUCACCCAGAGGCUCCACCCCUUCCUCAGCCCCUACAACAACGACGGAGGCAGGAACGCCGCCCCCCUCGUCAUCUCACCUGUCAAUCAAACGACAUAGGCCGCCAAAACCUGCACAAUGGAUUUUUUUUUUGUUUGUUUUUCAAUUCAA